CCACAUGCUAUCCAGUUUCCAAUCGACGCUCUCAGCCACCCAUACUGCCGCGCGCUUUUCCACGCGAUCACGCCGCUGAGACCAUUCCCACGCCCUACCUUUAUCACUAUACCGCGCCGUUUUCCAUUCCAUUCCAUUUUGUGUGUGUGUGUGUGUGUGUGGGUGGGAAUACUUGUUCAUUCGCAGUUUCAGGUGUGAGGAUUUUCAAAAAUAGCAAGCUUUUCCUGGACUCCUGUCUUUUUGGACCCCCAGGAGUCGAUUUUCGUGUUUUUUGUUUGUUUUUGUGUGUUUCGCGUCCUCAUUUCCACAUUACACCCUGCGAGUUCAGUGCCGUUUUUAUACGAAUGAAAUACUCCGAUACUCGCUAUAGAGCCAUUAUCGCCGGAAACUACACGUAAAUCUGUCCGUUGAUAGAUAGCAUUUUCCUUAUUUACCAAUGAACUUUGUUGUUAUUUUGCUUUACUCUCCAACUCUCUGAUUUAUCACGCAUCAUUGUUACCUUGGAUGAUCUAUCGGAGCUUUAAUUGUCAAGUGUUCAUCCGUGCAAAAUGUUAAGGCACUUUUUGCUUUGUUUGAUUUAAUCUAAAAAAGAAAUAGGAAUUAAGUGAAAAAAUAACAGUGUUCGUGCAUCAUUGUGAUUCUUAAUACUAAAUAUUUUUGAUAAUUAGUAAAACAAAGCGAGUGCAUUCGUUUGAUUCUGAAGACUGGAUUACCUAUCUGGAUUACCCAUACAAACAGUUUCAGGUUCAGAUAGCGUCGCAGAUGAAGAGAUCAAGAAGCUACUCAGGGUGCCCGAACUUGACGAUUUUUUGAGGGCGUUACCCCUUGGGUCGGAAUGUCUUUUGCGCUCAUCAUCCUCAUCGUGCUCAUGUUCGAGGUCUUCGGGUUCGUGCUGGCCAUCAUCCCCGAGGCGGCCCCCGUCAUAAGCCCACCGGCCGCUCAGGACGCCAGCGCCUACUACGCUGCCCCGUCAAUCACCCCCCACAACACCUACUACAUCUCCAUGUCCGCCGCCUUCAGUCCGGUCGCCAUCUGAGAUUGUCGAACAUCAAACAAGAAAAAUGAGAGCACCCAGAUUGCUGAGUAAGUGUGUAGUUCGCAAUUUCUCAGCAGUUGAGCCUGUUGUCAACUUAAAUGAACGAAAAGUAUUUGCCAAAAGGGCUGAAACCAAUGACCCUGCUACCCACUCAGAAAAUGACAUUGGCAAAUUCUACACUGUUUCAAAAGAGGACAAUAAGAAACUUUUUUCCUUCUAUGAGUUUCCUGCACAGUUUGAACGUAAUAUCAAGACUUUCAACGAAUCUGCUUUCAUGAUAAGGGAACCAGCAUUAGAAAUAAUCAACUCACUAAAGACGCUGGACCCCACAAAGCCAAUCCUCAAAUUUGUAAUUUAUGGUCGUUUUGGCGAGGGUAAAACCAUGACUUUUUGUCACAUCUGUCACUUUGCCCAUAGAGCUGGAUGGAUCCUCUGCUAUGUUCCCACUUCCACUAUCUGGAUGAGGUGGAGUAAGGAAGUGACAUUUUCUGAGACCAAACCGGAAUCUAUCAAUAUACCAUUAGAAUCUGCGCAGUGGUUGAGGAACUUUAAAAUUCAAAAUGCUGACCUGAUUUCAAAGUUGGACCUUCGGGUAAGAGAUAAAAUUGUCUGGAGUGCAAGAGAAAUCACAGAGAAGGAUGCACCUCUUAUGGAGCUUGUUGAUCAUGGAAUCAAUCGAGUCAAGUAUGCUGGAGAUGUUGUUGAUGUAUUAAUAGAAAAUAUCAAAUUAUAUUCAACGGAACAAAGGUGCAGAACUUUGGUUGCAAUCGAUGGUUUCAAUGGAUUUUUCAACCCUAAAUCAAAUUUGAAGGCCCCUGACGAAACUCCAGUACCACCCUUAAGAGUGACUAUCAUGCAGUCCCUAAUGAAAUUAACACAGGCUGAUUGGUCCAAUGGUGCAGCUGUCCUCACAGUGGACACAAAAAAUUCAUAUCCAGACAACAGAGAGUUUGUUUUUCCCCUGUAUCUUCUGCAUAAAGAGGGUUUCGAACACCUAGAUCCCUUCAUUCCAGUUUAUGUUCCUGCACUCAACCCAAAAGAGGUAAAUAAUCUUCUCGACUAUUAUGAAGAAAAGAAGUGGUUACUUAAACCCCAAGCACGUGAGGAAAUCGAGUUUUUAAGCACCAGGAAUCCUUACCACCUCACUGAAUUAUGUGGUCCCUUGUAAUUUUUUUAGUACCUUUACAUCCUAUACAUUUUUGUAAUUUUAAGUAUUUGUAUAGUUGCUUUGUUUCAAAGCAUUAUUUGUCUGUGUUUUUAUACAUAAAAUUUUUAUGUUGAA